AAUAGCAGCAAUACUGCUACGUGUACUGCAAGUAACCUCAGCAGUCAGGAAGGACAGGUUUCCACUGGAAAUCCUUUGCUUUCAAGAGAUACACGAGGUCGUUCAGCUGUUAGAAAUAGUCAGCUCUAUGUGCUAGAGCAACUACAGAAGGAUACAACAUUUGAAGCCAGCAGAAUUCAGCCACCCCUUCCUUCUAGUAGCAUCAGCUGUAGGUUCACUCAUGGAUUAACCAUUUCUGUCAGCUCCUCUUCAACAAAAGGAUACCAAGAUUUAUCUAAACAUAUCCUGGCUAACGCUACCACUGAGGUAAUGGCAGCAUGCUCUCAGAACCUGAGGAAUCUCUACACGUGCCAGGCAGCAGCUGGUUGGAAAUAUCAGUGUACAGAAAAAGAGGUGCUGGUUUACUACAAAGUCUUCCCUUCAGCAACAAGGCACGGGUUUCUGGGAGCGGGAGUGAUAGAAAGACCUCUUCCCUCCGUGUGGGGACUAGUGAGAGAUCCUGGCAAAAGGCACCUGUACGACAGAACUAUCAACACAGCUCGAAUACACAGGAAGGUAACCAGCCACAUCCAGCUGGUGUAUUUAGUGACUGAUGCCUCCCUGUGUUACCUAAAGCAACCCCGGGAUUUCUGCUGCAUUACUGUAGAAGCUGAAGAGGAGAACUUGUCUGUCUUGGCUGUUCAGUCUGUCUAUGAUGCAUCCAUGCCCUACCCUUGUAAAGAAGUGGUGAGAGGGGAGAUUUUGCCAAGUGCUUGGAUACUGGAACCUGAUGUAGUGAACGGAAGAGAUAUCACCAGAGUUAUUUACAUGGCACAGGUGGAUCUUGGUGCUCCAGCAAUCCCUGCAAGACUCCUGAGCUCCAUUGCCAAGCGACAGCCCCUGGUGAUAGCUCGACUGGCACACUUUCUUGCUAGUUAG